AUGGAAAAGUUAUUGAAGGAUUUUGAAGUGGAACACAAGAAUCCAUCGGAAGAUGCGUUAAGGAAAUGGAGACAAGCUGUUACUAUUGUCAAAAAUCCUCGCCGGCGUUUCCGUAUGGUCGCUGAUCUCGUUAAACGCGCUGAAGCCGAACGUAAAAAACGCAGCAUCCAGGAAAAGAUACGAAUUGCUCUUUUUGUCAAAAAAGCAGCUCUGCAGUUCCUAGAUGCUGGAGCUUCCGCUGAAAAUGCUACCGGUCAACCUGAAUACAAGAUUUCAGAUGAGGUUAAAGAAGCAGGUUUUGGAAUUGAUCCAGACGAACUCGCAUCCCUUGUUCGUGAGCAUGAUAUGAAGGGUUUGCAAACAAUUGGUGGAGUUGAUGGGAUUGCAGAGAAAGUCUCUGUCUUGCUCGAAGAAGGUGUUCGCACAAGUGAUAUAUCAACCAGACAAAAGAUUUAUGGAUGCAACCAUUACACAGAGAAACCUCCUAGGAGUUUUUUGAUGUUUGUGUGGGAAGCACUGCAUGACUUGACAUUAAUUAUCCUUAUGAUAUGUGCUUUGGUCUCUAUAGGUGUAGGAAUUGGUACUGAAGGGUGGCCAAAGGGCAUGUAUGAUGGGCUGGGAAUCAUACUUAGUAUAUUGUUGGUAGUCAUGGUUACUGCUAUAAGUGAUUAUAAUCAAUCCUUACAAUUUAGGGACUUGGAUAGGGAAAAGAAAAAGAUUUCUAUUCAGGUGACAAGAGAUGGACGAAAACAAGAGAUCUCCAUUUAUGACUUGGUUAUUGGAGAUGUUGUCCAAUUAUCUAUUGGAGACAUAGUUCCAGCUGAUGGGAUUUACAUAUCAGGAUACAGCUUGGUGAUUGAUGAGUCAAGCUUAUCUGGGGAGAGCGAACCAGUGAGUGUAUGCCAAAAUAAACCUUUUCUUCUUUCAGGAACUAGAGUGGAGGAUGGGUCGGGAAAGAUGAUAGUGACUGCAGUUGGUAUGAGGACUGAAUGGGGAAAGCUGAUGGAAACUCUUAAUGAGGGUGGAGUAGACGAGACCCCACUUCAGGUGAAGUUGAAUGGGGUUGCUACAAUUAUUGGAAAGAUUGGUUUGGGUUUUGCCGUGCUUACAUUUGUGGUAUUAACUGUUAGGUUUCUGGUGGAAAAAGCGCUUCAUAAGGAGUUCACAGAUUGGUCUUCAAGUGAUGCAUUGACACUUCUUAACUACUUUGCUAUUGGAGUAACCAUAAUUGUUGUUGCUGUUCCUGAAGGAUUACCGUUGGCAGUAACUUUGAGUCUUGCCUUUGCAAUGAAGAAACUAAUGAAUGAGAAGGCACUUGUCAGGCACCUCUCUGCUUGUGAGACAAUGGGUUCUGCUAAUUGCAUUUGCACUGAUAAGACAGGAACGUUAACCACAAACCACAUGGGAGUUGAUAAGAUAUGGAUCUGUGAAAAAACUCAAGAAAUUAGACACCGUGAAGGCAUGUUAGAGAUGCGAAUAUCUGAAGGUGUAUUAAGCCUCCUGUUUCAGGUUAUAUUUCAAAAUACUGCUUGUGAAACAACUAAAGAUGAAAGUGGUAAGAACAAGAUUUUGGGAACACCGACAGAGAAAGCACUCUUUGAAUUUGGCUUGCUUUUGGGUGGUGACUUUGAUGCACAACGGAAAGAGUUUCAUAUACUCAAGGUUGAGCCUUUCAAUUCAGUGAGGAAGAAGAUGUCCGUGCUGGUGGCACUUCCUGGUGGGGGGCUACGAGCUUUCUGCAAAGGUGCAUCAGAAAUUGUAUUAAAAAUGUGUGACAAGAUUCUUGAUGACAGUGGAAAAUCUAUCUCUCUUUCUGAAGAACAGAUAUUAAACAUAUCAGAUGUUAUAAAUGGCUUUGCCUCUGAAGCUCUGAGAACUCUAUGCUUGACUUUUAAAGAUCUAGAUGACUCUGCUUAUGAAGGCAGCAUCCCUGAUUUUGGCCACACGUUGGUAGCAGUUGUUGGAAUCAAGGAUCCAGUGCGUCCUGGUGUCAAAGAUGCUGUUCAGAGUUGUCUGGCAGCUGGCAUAACUGUUCGUAUGGUAACUGGCGAUAAUAUAAAUACGGCCAAAGCUAUAGCCAAAGAAUGCGGAAUACUUACUGAGGAUGGUGUGGCCAUAGAAGGACCGGAGUUUUGUACCAUGAAUCCUCAGCAGAUGAGGGAAAUCAUUCCCAAACUUCAGGUAAUGGCUCGGUCUUUACCUUUGGAUAAGCACACCUUGGUAACCAAUUUGAGGAAUAUGUUCAAAGAUGUGGUAGCAGUAACUGGUGAUGGGACCAAUGAUGCUCCUGCAUUGCAUGAGGCUGACAUUGGACUUGCUAUGGGCAUAGCAGGAACAGAGGUUGCAAAAGAAAAUGCUGAUAUCAUCAUAAUGGAUGACAAUUUUAGGACCAUUGUAAAUGUUGCUAAAUGGGGUCGCGCAGUCUACAUAAACAUUCAAAAGUUUGUGCAAUUCCAGCUAACAGUUAAUGUCGUUGCUCUUGUAAUUAAUUUUGUCUCUGCAUGCAUCACAGGAUCUGCUCCCCUGACUGCUGUGCAGUUGCUUUGGGUUAACAUGAUUAUGGACACGCUUGGGGCAUUGGCGCUGGCUACAGAACCUCCAAAUGAUGGGCUGAUGAAAAGGUCUCCUGUAGGGAGGGGUGCAAGUUUCAUUACAAAGACCAUGUGGAGGAAUAUAUUUGGUCAGAGUAUCUAUCAACUGGCUAUCCUUGCAGUUCUCCAAUUUGAUGGGAAGCGCCUAUUAGGAGUUAGUGGCCCAAAUGCUUCCAAGAUUGUCAAUACUGUGAUAUUCAACACUUUUGUGUUUUGCCAGGUGUUCAAUGAGAUAAACAGCCGUGAUAUGGAGAAGAUAAACGUAUUCCGGGGCAUGUUCAGCAGCUGGAUGUUCAUAGGCGUUAUUGUUAUAACAGUAGUAUUCCAAGCAAUCAUAGUCGAGUUCCUGGGAACUUUUGCAAGCACUGUGCCCUUAAGCUGGCAAAUGUGGCUCUUCUGCGUCUUAAUUGGAGCUGUUAGCUUGCCUAUUGCCGUUGUCAUAAAGUGCAUCCCUGUUGAAAGAGAAAAUCCUAAGCACCAUGAUGGUUAUGAUGCCCUUCCCUCCGGCUCAGACCUGGCUUAA